GUGUCUGCUAAACGCGGCCAAUGCUUUGUCUGUAAUUAUACCUAUCUAUGGCGACACUACAUAACACAACUGGUUAAAUAAAAGAGGAGAAGAAAAUCGCACUUGGAAAUUAUAUAAUUAACUGUAGCUUUGAUGAAAAGUUAUUUUUAUUAAAAUGGAGGUUUCUACAAAUAACAAUAAGCCUGUGGAGAAUGGCACCGACACGUUAACAUCCUCCGUUUCCUUUACCGAAUCACCCAAGAAAUGCAAUCUGUCUUUUUCAAUUAAUUUUGACUUUAAUGACGUUAAUAACGAGAACUCGACCGAUUCCGAAAAUGCAGAUCUACAAAUCGAUAUAUCCGAAGUGGAUAAUUAUGAACCGUCCAGUAAGCAUAAGAGAGAAGCUGUUGAAGAAGCAUCAAUGCUCAAUGAAAUGGAAGAGGAGAUUGAGAGACAACUCGAUGCUAAAGCUGCCAAAACCACGUUAACUGCCACUAAUGUUAAAAAUAUUUUGAAACGCGUAAUCCCCUAUGAACACUUAAUGACAAUAAUGACAAAGGUACAAGAAUGGCUUCAAGAUACAGAAAAUGACGUUAACAUUGGCCCGAAACUCACGAGAGCUAAAGCUAAAAAAUUAGCUGCUGCAAAAGUCACGAUACCAUGGCCCAUCACUACGGCGCAAAAAACUUCCUCAGAGGUGCAAGCUUUGAUUCAGGAGGAAUUACCGGAAGAUUCAUCCGAUGAAGAAUAUAAUCCUGAACAUGAUAAACAGAGUGACGAUGAUAGAGAAGUGGAAAAUACAGCGAGUGAUAUUGAGUCACAGUUAUCAGUGUCAACAAAUAAUAAGGAUAUAGCUUUUUCCGAACAAAUGUCAUCUCAUAUACAAUAUGAUUCUGAAGGAAUUUUUAAAAUACCUGCUAUUCCACAUGUUGCGACAGAAGAAGAAAGUAUUGGUCAAAGAACACGCUCUAAGCUAUCUUUAAGCGAAACAUCUUUGGAGGAAAUAGAACAAGCAUUUAUACCACCUGAUAUAACUGCCGAUAUGACUGACGAUUGGGAUUGUGAACUUGAUGAAGAUUGGGAUAACUUUUUGAAAGAAUUCACGCAACCUUUGACGCAAGAACCAGCCAUAGAAGAUGAUCCAGAAGCAGAUCCGGAGUAUAACAUCUUGGAAGAUGAAACAGAUUUGUUGGACAAGGAAGAGCUUAGGACAGAUAGAGCAGUAGAAGUUCCUCGUAAGGAGCAAUAUGAUUUAAUUGCAGAAUUACUUGAAUUAACUCCUAUGUUCUCGACACAAGACCAAGAAGUUGAAAGUUCAAGAAAGAAGAAAGUUCUAGGUACGACAACACCACCGAUCGAAAGUGAUGCUAUGACGUGCUCUGCGGUACAUCUUUUGCCAGUACUGGCAGAAUAUGAACUACCAAACGUGGUGAAACCUGAACAACGUCUUCUAUUAGCGACACAAUUUCAGCAACAUGUACAAUUAAUGACACAACAUUUUGUUAUGACUUACAUGCAUCCAAAAUAUCAUUCGCUGGCAAAAUUGUGUAAAGAAAACUUGAAUAGUUUAAGAAAUUUGAGUACUGGGCCAACGUCUGCAUUUAAUGCAAAGAAUUUGGAAGCAGCUUUAAACGUGGUAUCAACUUGGGAAAAUAAGUUUAAUGAUACCAAGUUUUAUGCAAACUUCAAAAAGAACGUAACAAAUGAAAAUGCUACAACUGAAAUAUAUCGUGCCACAAAGUGGAGACAUACUGAACAAUUUCUCCCUGACGUAGAGAACGUAUUUGUCGAAAGCAAGGCUCUUAUGUAUCCACAACUUCUACCGCGGAUACCUUUUAGAAAUGUUAAAUACGCAAAAUACACAAAAUCCGCAUAUUUGAAAUCGGAAGAAACUUUAAUUGCACUGGGCAUAGAACAGUUCUUACCAUUUGUUAUGUCUAGAUCAAAAAAGUUUCAUACAAAGAAAAUGCAAUUAUUUGAUGCAGCUCAACUUAUUGGUUGUUAUUUGCUACCAUGCAGAGAUGCGAAAGGAAUAUUUAAUCAUAUUAACAAACAACGCUCUUCCAAAGAUAAAAAUCCAAUUAAGCAUUAUUUUGAAAAAGGUUGCGCUCCUAGAAUAAUACAUUAUAUAAUGCUUGAAAGUAAACUGAAAGCUCCAAAAGAUCAACCACGAGAACUUUUACCUCCAAACUGGCAAAUGUAUUUUCAAAAAAAGCACAAAAAUACGUUGACAAAAAGUAAAUGUAUAUUUGAUUCUUACACGAACUUCUCACUUGAAAAGGAAGGGAUUGAUAUAAACGCAAUAAUAAAGUCUUAUCCUAGUAUCCCUAAUAAUCAUAUUUUACGAAAUCCAGUUGUAAAUAUGUUACCAAAAAUAUUACCUGCAACUUCAAAUCCCAAAACUUCAUCUAAAAUUGAUACGUCUAAUAAACAAAAUCCUAACGUCGAUGAUAGCGGCGAUAAAAAAGUAUUUGAUAAUGUACAAACGACGGAGGUGCAUAAAAGGAAAACGGCAGUGUAUAAAGCGCACGCAACGUUUUGCUCCUUAAAAGCGACGACUUCAGAUGUAAAGCCAACGCAAACAGAUAACGCACUAGAUAAAAAUAAUACAAACGUAAAUACUAUAUUAACUAGAAGCUCAAAAAUAUCCAAGGACGCACCACAGAUAUCAUCAGACGUACCACAAAUACGAAAGACCACCCCACGCGUAGCAAAAACAAAAAGCGCCCAAAAUAUGAAAUUGAUGGCCCAAGCUUUAGGUUCAAAGACGUCAUCUACGUGCGGUACUAUAAAAUCUAAAGAAAAAGAUACCGUAGAUAAGAAUAUUGAUGAACCGUGCUCCACGUCAAAAGUUGACAAUGAGGAAGAAAUAGCAGAAUUAAUGUUAGCAAGUAGCACAAUAAUAAAAGAUCCUGUAAGUAGGAAAAAGGCUAAACAAACUAGAGAAUUAGAAAUUAUUAAAAGAUUAUUAAAAUCUGAGAAUCCCGUGACCGAAGAAGAACGCGAAGCAAAAUUUGCAGCGUCGUAUCUUCAGAAACUGCACUUGAUAUUAGAAUCCACGAAUCCAGAAACAUUUAAAGCUGUGAUAAAGUUAUAUUUGGAUUAUAGUGAAAAAUUAGAAAGUAUUAACCACCCUGUUCGUGACGCGUCCAUAACUGAUGAGUCCAAGGAACGUUCAGCAAGUAAACAGAUGUUACAAGAUAGUGCACGUAAAAAAGAUAUACUAACAGUCCAACUAUAUCAAGAGGUCUGUACAAAAUUACAAGAUUAUCCAGAAAUAUGUACAGACUUUCUAUUAUUUUUAAAACCGCAUCAAGCCGCAAUGAUUGGUAAAUCUAUAGAAUAUAUCAUGUUACAAAAAAUGAAUGAUUUUGUCCAUGUUGCACAAAUAUAUUUUACUAAGCAACCAUCUCGGAUAGCAAAGAUGAUGCAGGCAAUUACACAACUUUCGUCUGAUCCACAUAUGACUUUAGAAAACAUUUACUCCGUUAUGAGUUCUGUUUUUAAAGGUCACCCACUCGUUAUGGAUAUGUUCUUGCAAGUUUUACCUACUGCAAAACCUCCUGAAAGUUUACUUGCACCUCAUAUGUUUGAAAACAUGACAUGUCCGCUAGGACCUUAUGAUAAAAAUACAACUUACACUGAAAACGCAUCAGAGCUAUACGAGAAUAUAGACGUACCGACAGCAACGUAUCAGGAAGAUCCAUAUGGCGGGGAGAAUUGUAAAUGUGACUGCCAUACGACUGACGAAGCAAAUCUGAAAAAUACGUCUGAUCAUUGUGUUGCCUGUGGCACGCGGUUUCUCAAUGGAAGAAUUUAUCUUCAAACACCUGAAGGAUUACGACCUGCAAAAAUUACAUUUCCCGGAGAGGAUCGGGAGAAAUUAGAAAAUAUAGCGCGUAUAUCAUUAAAAAUUGCUGACAAAGCCAUUCCACCAAUCUCAUCUAAAAAACGACGGAAGUCAUCGAAGAACGAUCCUAGUCACGAGGAUCGUUGUCAGAAGCAAUGCGCUACGAAGCAAUACUCGCCGUUAAAAGAUAACGAAGAUAACGAAAAGGCAUUAACAAAAUCUAAAAGAAAUGCUAACGUUACUACACUCAAAGCAGAUCAAAGAAAAAUUUUAAAAAGAAUCGGCACUGUAGAUCACGCACGCGCAGAUAAAAAAAUGCGUAUAUCUCAAUGUAAGAAUAAACGAGAAAAAAAGAAUGAAGAAAGCGACGCUUCGUUAGAACAAAACGAGCUUGAUCUUAUAAAGCUAGACAAAACGAGUGACGUUACGGAAACAGAAACUAAUAGUUGUACGCACGUAUCCAUGCAAGAUACGUCCUUAAGUACUGAAGUACGUACAAAAAUGCAGCGUUCUUCAAAUAUAAGCAACACGACUGGUUGCACGUCAAGUAACAAAAAUGUAGGGACAAUGGUUACAACAAUAGCACUGGAAAAUAAUACGCACGCGAAAUCUGAUUUACGUAACAACAAACCAUGGACACGUCAGGAAGAUAUGAUUUUACUACAAAGUAUCAAAAAGGAAUAUUCUGAAAAUUCAUUCCUAUUGAUCAGUGAAAAAUUAGAAAAUCGUACUAUCGAUCAAGUCAAAGAGAGAUGGCAAACUCUGCUUUCUUUACUGCAGAAAAUGAUGUAAAUAUGUAUAUAAGUUAUAGAUUUGUACGUUUAUAUUAUAAUAAAAAAUACAACAGGACGUGAUCAGCAGAUCUUAUGUGCGUUAAUGUAUAUACAUUUAUACAUAAAAUUUGUUACUUGCACUGAUAUUUUCUUAAUUUUCUGCAUAUGUAAUGAUUUAAUAAAGAUGAUGUAUAUAUUUGUCCGCUAAAAAGAGAGAGAGAGAGAGCGAGCGCGCGCGUUAAGAAUAAAUUGAGUACAGAGAGUGCAAAAAAUCCGAUCCGAGUGUAAAGAGUGUAACGAAAGCUCCUUUCGUUUACACGCGUGAUUAGACUGAUUAGUCAUUCGUAAAGUUCUUUUCUCUAGCACUGGACUGCAGAAUUUAUAAAAAUUACUUUGAACGUGUUAGAAACUACUGUUUUAUGCAUUACAUGGCGUACUGAAGUUACUUGUGAUAAUGCAACUAUAUUUACAACGUUCACGCAACAAGAUGAAUAUUUGAGAAAAGGAAGGAAAGAUAAUUAAAAGUGAAAUUAUGUCGUACGAUUCGACGUCAGCCCGAAAAAUCACAAAGUCUAGUGUGG